AUGUCCAACUAUUAUCCUCCCCAGCAACAACACUAUGCUCCUCCUCCCUCAUCACCACCACCAACCCAAACCAUGCAUUCCCAAGCACAGUACUAUCCACCCCCACCACAGCAGUCCUCCCCAUCACAAGCAGGACAAUACGCACCACCACCCCAAGCAACCCCGCCCCAGCAACAGCAAUACGCACCUCCUCCACAGGGUUUCUCCCACCGCGCAUCAUACCAGCAGCCAGCCCCAGUAGCAGCCGCUUCAACCGCAUAUGAGCAACCGCCUCCAUCGGGCGGACACGUUGGACACCACGAAUCAGACUAUCCCCCUGAUAAACCCGCUCUCGACACUAGCCAAAUCACGAAUCUUGAUCACGGAGCUCCGGCAGCUACUCAUUUCGUAGGCGCGAGUACCACGCAGGAUGAUGUGGGGACGUUCAAUGGAGGAAGCUAUAGGAUUAGCCAUCGGGAUACGAAUAGUAUAUUGACCUUACAGUUGGCUAUGGGUUGUCCCUUGACUGUUAAGCCUGGUGCCAUGAUCGCAAUGACUCCAACUAUAACGCUCAAAGGCACCGUAAAAUUCUCCAUGAAGAAGCUCAUUGCCGGUGGAGAGAUGGCCAACUCGACGUAUACAGGCCCCGGAGAACUGCUCCUGGCUCCCGCGUCGCUGGGUGAUAUAACGAAUAUCCGCCUUGGAGGGUCAGAGCAGUGGAGCGUAGGACGGGAUGCGUUUCUGGCGUGUACGCAGGGGGUGAUCAAGGAAUACAAGAGGCAGGGGAUUGGAAAGGCGAUGUUUAGUGGGGAGGGUUUGUUUGUGUAUAAGAUGAGUGGAAAUGGGCUGCUUUGGAUUACGAGUUUGGGGGCUAUCAUAAGGAAAGAUCUUGCGGAUGGAGAGAAAUACAUUGUUGACAAUGGACACCUGGUGGCUUGGAACACUAAGUAUAUCCUUGAGCGAGUAGCUUCAGGGGGUAUUAUCUCGGGAUUGUCUUCUGGAGAAGGCUUGGUGUGCAAGUUCACUGGACCAGGCACUGUGUUUAUGCAGACGCGGAACCCUGUUGCAUUUGGGCAGUGGAUGUCUGCUCAUGCUACAGUUGCAUAA